AUGGACCUCUAUAAGCGCAAUGUCAACGCAGAUUCAUCGCUCAUAGUCAAAGAGCUGCAAGUGCGGAAGGACCUCGAGUUUGCAUUGAUAGAUUUGCUCAAUGGAAUAAUACGCAACGACAUUGUUACUUGUGUCACCAUUGUGUGCGACACGGUCUACUUGAGCGUCUUCGAAGGGGCGCUGUUCAAAAGAACAAUAACUGUGCCCUUUGUUAUAGUAGUGGUCAAGGAAUCCGAGGAUUUGCUAUCACCGAAUUUCGACACCCUUGAAUCGCUAAGAGAAUCCAGAAAAGAUGGUUGCAAUGUGUACAUUAUUAUAUUAGCAAAUGGACUGCAAUUGACUAGACUUUUGAGGUUCGGAGACAGAUAUCGUGUAUUGGACACUAGAGCCAAAUACAUAAUACUCCACGACAUCAGACUGUUCCACAGCAAUCUCCACUACAUUUGGAAGAGAAUUGUCAACGUAGUCUUCUUGAAAUACCACAAAACCAUUAUAGGGAACGUGAAGAGCAAGGCCUGGUUCGACCUCUCCACGGUACCUUUCCCGAAUCCUAUAAAAGGGAUAUUUAUAUCUAGGCGAGUGGAUAUAUGGAAGAAUGGCAAAUUCCAUUAUGGAAGAGACCUGUUUGCCGAUAAAACGGGGAAUCUUAACAAUGAAGUUUUGAAUGUUGUCUAUUACGAACAUGUGCCCUCAGUUAUUGCUAUGAAUUCCAGCAAAGUUGGGGGUGUGGAAAUUGAGAUUCUCAACACUCUAGCCCAGAAAAUGAACUUCGAGCCUAGACUGUACCAACCAGCCAACGCAGAAGUUCACAAAUGGGGUCAGAAGCAAACCAACGGGUCAUUUUCUGGUCUCCUCGGCGAAAUGGUUCACAAUAAAGCCGACGUAGCGCUGGGCAAUUUGCAAUACACGCCGUAUCACUUGGAACUGACCGAUUUGAGUAUCCCUUACACGUCCCAAUGUUGGACGUUCCUGACUCCAGAGGCUCUGACUGAUAACUCUUGGAAAACACUUAUUUUACCCUUUAAGUUGUAUAUGUGGAUAGCUGUAUUAUUAGUUCUGCUUGUCACCGGCGCUAUAUUCUACGGAUUAGCAGUUUAUUAUAUGAAUCUAUUGGAUUACACGAACAGCUUGAAAAUGACGAAAAAACCCACGACUGACGCAAAACCUGUUGGCAUGUAUUUGUUCGGCGAAAUAACGAACAGCAUUCUCUACACGUAUGGAAUGCUACUAGUCGUUUCUUUGCCUAAGCUGCCGUCUGGAUGGUCCAUUCGAUUACUAACAGGAUGGUACUGGCUGUAUUGCAUACUGCUCGUCGUGUCUUACAGAGCAAGCAUGACCGCUAUUUUGGCAAAUCCUGCCCCUAGAGUAACCAUUGACACUUUAAAAGAGUUGGUCGACAGUAAAAUUGCCUGCGGUGGAUGGGGUAGGGAGACAAAGAAGUUUUUCGUCGAAUCGCUCGACGAAAUGAGUCAGAAAAUCGGCGUAAGAUUCGAAAAUGUCGACAAUCCUGAGGAAGCAGCUAGUCGAAUCGCGAAAGGAGUAUUCGCUUACUACGACAGCGCUAACUUCCUCAAAUAUCUAAGCGUGAAGAGAAAAAAUUCUAUCAUGACCAUGGAAUUCGAAAAUUCUACAGUAAAUGGCACGGAAACGAAAGCAGAAAGGGACCUCCAUAUCAUGACAGAUUGUGUGGUCAACAUUCCAAUAUCAAUAGGAUUUCACAAGAAUUCUCCACUAAAACCUUUGGCAGAUGUUUAUAUCAGAAGAAUUGUUGAAGUUGGUCUUGUGGAGAAGUGGCUUAGUGAUGCAAUGUAUAGAAUUAGAACAAUGGAUACUUCAGAGGAAGAAGUCAAAGCAUUGAUCAAUUUGAAAAAGCUGUAUUGUGCGUUCAUAGCUUUAGCAAUAGGGUACAGUUUGAGUUUUCUAUGCUUACUAGGAGAGUUCAUACACUGGCAUUUUAUAAUUAAAAAGGAUCCUAACUUUGAUAAAUAUGCUAUGGAUGUCUACUAUGUCAAUAAGAAUAAAAAACAAUAGGGAGUA